AUGGAUGAGCAAAACACAGCCUGGUUUGCCACGUGGACUCGUGAACAAGUCGUCUCGUUUGUCAGUUUCGCCUACGUGAUCAUCUCAAUCCUAAUGGUUCUUUUAUGGUCAAUGUAUUUGUGCAUCGACGGGCGUCGCAAUCCGAAAAAGGACACUCGAGUGAUACACAUGCUCGCGCAAAAUGCCUUCUUCCGAAGCGUUCCUUGA